AUGCCAGGCAGAAAAUGGUUUCAGCAUGUGAUUGAGACCCCGGAGCCUGGCAAGUGGGAGUUGUCUGGGUAUGAGGCAGCCCUGCCCGUCACAGAGAAGUCAAACCCACUGACGCGGCAUCUGGACAAAGCAGAUGCCGAACAGAUUGUUCGAUUGCUGGGGCAAUGUGAUGCUGAGAUCUUCCAGGAGAAGGGGCAAGUCGUGGCGACGUACCAGCGACUCUACAGUGAGUCAACUCUGACCACCAUGGUACACGUGGCUGGAAAAGUUCAGGAAGUGCUAAAGGAGCCUGAAGGAGGGCUGGUGGUGCUGAGUGGAGGGGGCACCUCUGGCAGGAUGGCACUCCUCAUGUCGGUUUCCUUUAACCAGCUGAUGAAAGGUCUAGGACAGAAACCUCUUUACACCUACCUCAUUGCAGGAGGUGACAGGUCUGUGAUGGCCUCUAGGGAGGGGAUGGAAGAUAGUGCCCUGGACGGGAUUGAGGAACUGAAGGAGGUGGCUGCUGGGAAGAAGAGGGUGAUUGUCAUUGGCAUUUCAGUGGUUCUCUCUGCUUCCUUUGUGGCAGGCCAGAUGGACUGCUGCACAUAUAACCCAGGUGUCCUUUUGCCAGUCCUGGUUGGUUUCAACCCAGUGAGCAUGGCCAGAAAUGACCCCAUUGAAGACUGGAGUUCAGCAUUCCGACAAAUAGCAGAGCGCAUGCCGAAAUGGCAAGAGAAUCAGGAAGCUUUUGUGCUCAACCCUGCAACUGGGCCUGAGGGCCUCAGUGGCUGCUCCCAGAUGAAAGGUGGAAGCGCCACCAAGAUCCUUCUGGAAACCCUGUUAUUGGUAGCUCACAAGACUGUGGACUGGGGCAUUGCAGCAUCUCCGAGGUGUCUUCUGGAAACCUUGUGGACAUUUGAGCGGGCUCCUCAGGUGACCUAUAGUCAAAGCCCCAAGAUUGCCGCCCUGAUGAAGUAAGUCAGCAGCAGCCUAGAGAAAAAAGGCCGCGUGUACGUGGUUGGCUGGCAGCCCCUGGGCAUCAUUGCCAUCGUGGAUGGUGUAGAGUACACCCACACCUUUGGUGCGGAUUUCUGAGCUGUCCAAGGCUUUCUCAUUGGUGAUCACAGUGACGUGUUUAACCAGAGGGCUGAGCUCAUCAACCAGGGUCCCCAUUUCCUCUUCUCCCAGGAAGACUUCCUGACUUCCAUCCUGCCCUCCCUCACGGAAACUGACAGUGUUGUCUUCAUUUUUUCUCUCCUAGAUAACCUUAUGGAGGUGCAGACGCUGGAGGAGCAGGUGAAAGAGAAGACCUCCAACAUCCAGGCCUUGGCACACAGCACUGUGGGGCAGUCCUUGCCGACCCCUCUGAAGAAGCUCUUUCCCUCCAUCAUAAGCAUCACAUGGCCACUGCUUUUCUCCUAGUAUGAAGGGAACUUCAUUCAGAAGUUCCAGCAUCAGCUAAGCACCAAGUGGGUGCUGAAUACAGAGAGUACAGGGACCCAUGUGCUUCUUGGGAAGAUUCUCCAAAACCGCAAGUUGGACCUCUGCCUUUGCAACUCCAAGCUCUUCUGGCAUGCCCUGGCCAUGCUGCAGCGGUUCUCCAGACAGCCCAAGGCUUGAUGCUUCAAGAGCCUCCUCCAGGUGAUCCACUUCCCGCAGGUACUGUUAGAUGAUAUUCAGACAGCUCCCAUCUCCUUCCACGUCCAGGAUGCACUCAAGAAGGAACAGGUGAUCCCCAUAGCCUUGCGGAGCCUCCUAUUCUGGUGCUCCAUCCCUGAGGCCCGGGCACACCUGGCUGCAGCUCUCACUGUCUGUGAGGCUGUCAUGAGCGCCCUCAUCCAGCCAGGUCAGAAGCGCAACGCAGGACCCCCACGCCCCCCCGCCCCCAGCUGGAGACCCUAG